ACAAAACGGUGGUUACUGUCUAGUGUCUACUGCUUCUCUCCUCUCCCCUCUUUGACCCCCCCUCUCUCUCUCUGUCUCACCGGCCGUCCCGAAGCUGGGCGCCGUGGGCUGGAGAAGCUUCGUUCGCCGCAGGGUUUGCCAAGAUGCUGCGCUGUCCGAGCUGCCAUUUCUGGUUUGUUUGGUGGUUUGGAUUCUGCAGGUUGAAGGGUCUUGGAUCUGGGCAUCUGGCGCUAGCUUACCAUCCGGGGAUGCUUUCUUGGGAGAUUCGAGAGCCCUUCAACGUCUUCGCGAGAUCCGUGAGGGAUGGAGUGAUGGACCAUCUAGUGCAGUAAUGCAGAUUUAUGCUCUAAACGAUUUAUUCAACAAUAGCAUGCAGAUAUCGCUGUCCACUUCCAACCUUUCGUUCUGUAUGUUAGCCAUCAAUCUUUAAUGUUUGUCUGUUAAGCAGGUUUGUUCUCUUCGUCAAUUUAUUCUUCUGAGUUGCUAACAUGUAACCAUUCCAACUUGAAAAACACCCCCACAAGAAACUUCAGUGCAUUUCCUGUGAAGAUGUGAAUAAAGUCACCCUUAUCUAUUGCCUGCAGAUCAGAUGGGCUGUACGAAAUGGACAGGAGAGAUAGGGACAAUUUCACUGAUUGCGAGGUCUGCCCAAGUCCACGUUCAUUGAUUGGUUAACUGGCUGUUUAGCUUACUGAAGACUUGACUGUGAAUCAUGGAAGACCAUGUCUUCCACCAAUUAGUUUUCGAAUAGUGCAUUGCUUGGCUCAAAUACACAACACUCUGUUGAGCCUUGUGCAACCCAAGUUAUCUUGGCUCGGGACAGAAGCAAGUUCAGCAACAUGAGGCAUCUUCCUUCUUGCAGGUUCAUCACCUAUAAGGAACUUCGGUACAUUCCGUGUAAAGAUGUGAAUAAAGUCACCCUUAUCACCUGCAGAUCAGAUGGACUGUGAUAGCGAAUUAGGAACAGGAGAGAAAGGGACAGAUGCAAAGGCUGAUCGAUGGGAAAGUCAGUUUCAUUGACUGGAGGUCUGUAUAAGACAUAAGUCCACUUGCAUUGUUUGUCAUUUGGCUGUUUAGCACUACUUUAGCUUACUAAAGACUUGACCACAAGCCAUGGAACACCAAAUGUUCCACCAAUCAUUUUUUUUAAAUAGUGCAUUGCAUGGUCCAAAAGCCUCAAAUACACAACACUCUGUUGAGCCUUGUGCAAUGCAAGUUAUCUUGGCCCGGGGCAGAAGCAAGUUCAGCAACAUGAGGCAUCUUCCUUUCUGCAGGUUCAUCACUUUGUCUGUCAUCUUCUUGCUUAGCAUCCCUUUGCUUGUUGCAUCCGUUCCUCAGGACAUUCUUUCUCCUGGAUCUUCCAUCCCCGUGGAGGACAACUCUAACAUGUUGGUCUCCCCCAACGGAUUGUUUUCGUGCGGCUUUUACGAGGUCGGUGCCAAUGCUUUCAUCUUUGCUGUCUGGGUAAACCAAUCGAUUGGUAAAACAGUUGUCUGGACAGCCGAUCGAGAUGUGCCAGUGAAUGGCAGAGGAUCAAGGAUUGAGCUGAGGGAUGGCAACAUGGUGCUGCUGGACUUCAACAGCAGGUUAGUUUGGAGUACGGGCACAACCUCUGGCCAAGUGCGUAGCGCAAAACUUCUUGACACGGGCAACCUCGUCCUGUUGGGUCAUGACGGCAGCCGCAUAUGGCAGAGCUUUGAUUCACCUACUGACACUCUUCUGCCGACCCAGCCAAUCGCUGCUAAUUUGAAGCUGGUAUCAGGAAAGUACAUGCUUUCUGUUGAUAAUAAUGGUAGUCUUGCUCUCACAUAUGAUACACCGGAAGGCCAUAGCAAGUACUGGCCAAGAAAUAUAAAUGCGACACCAUUUAGUGGAGACCAACCUCAAGGUCUUGAUAUGCUUGGUUGCAUCUCUGCAGGCAACCAUAUCAGGUAUUGUGCAUCUGAUCUAGGUUAUGGAGUUUUACGGAGGCUGACUCUUGACCACGAUGGCAAUCUUCGGCUCUAUAGCUUGCUUGAGGCUGAUGGCCAUUGGAAGAUUUCAUGGAUUGCUCUUGCAGAUUCUUGUCAAGUGCAUGGAGUGUGUGGAAACAAUGGUAUAUGUAGGAAUCUAAUGAAUCCCAUUUGUGCUUGUCCUCCAGGGUUUGUGUUUGCAGAUGUAUCUGAUUUGAGUAAAGGUUGCAAGCCCACUUUCAAUAUCAGUUGCGACAAGGUGGCACAGGCGUAUUUUGUGGAAAUUGAGAAGAUGAGUGUUUGGGGUUAUAACUCCAAUUACACAGCAUCAACAGCAUUCGAUGUUUGCAGGAAAAGUUGUUUGGAUGAUCUGCAUUGCGAAGCUUUUUCUUACCAGUACGGUUUGGGAGGAUGUACACUGAAGAGUUCACUCUACACUGGGGGAUUUACUCCCUCCGAGAUCUCAAUAACAUGCAUGAAACUUACUGCUGAUGCGGCUGUGCAGAACAGUAUCGAUUAUAAACCACACGGUCCGUAUCUUUCUUGUCAGGGCAGGGGUUUUUCUACAUCUGCUGAUACCAAGGCCUUCCAAUGGAACUACUUGUACAUGCCUAUUGGAUCUAUUUUUGCAGUUGAAGCCAUUCUAUUCCCGCUCGCCUGGUGUUUUCUGCGCAAGAGGAAACAGGACUCUAUCUCGAGAAAUGACGGGUUUGCUCUGAUUCGCGACCAUUUCAGGAAGUUCACCUUGAAGGAGCUGGUAGCUGCCACCGCAAAGUUCAAGCAUGAGAUUGGAAGAGGCGGUUCCGGGGUCGUUUACGAGGGUAUCUUGGAUGAUGGGAAGAAGAUAGCAGUGAAGAAGCUACAAGACAUGGUGCAGGGGGAGCUGGAUUUCCAGUCCGAGCUGAGCGUCAUCGGUAGGAUCUACCACAUGAAUCUCGUCAGGAUGUGGGGAUUCUGCUCGGAGUGCGGGCACAAGCUCCUCGUCUUCGAGUACGUCGAGAACGGGUCACUGGCCAAGCUGCUGUUCGACACGGCGAGCACCACCGGAGCAAGGCUCCGGUGGGAGCAGAGGCUCCGUGUUGCGCUCGGCGUGGCGAGAGGGCUGGCCUACCUUCACCAUGAGUGCCUGGAGUGGGUGAUCCACUGCGACGUGAAGCCGGAGAACAUCCUCCUCGACGAGGAGCUGGAGCCCAGGCUGGCGGACUUUGGGCUCGCCAAGCUCCUCAACAGAGGGAAGGAUGUGCAGAUGCUGUCGCGCGUACAGGGGACCAGGGGCUACAUUGCGCCGGAGUGGGCGUCCAAUCUCCCCAUCACGGGCAAGGUCGAUGUGUACAGCUUCGGCGUGGUGCUCCUGGAGAUUGUGAGGGGGCUCCGGGUGUCGGAUUGGACCGUCGUCGACGGAGAAGAAGAGGAGGUGGAGAUGGUUUUCAGGACAACUGUCGCGGUGCUGAAAGAGAGGUUGAGAGGCGAAGAUCGUUCAUGGCUCCCGGGGUUUGUCGACCCGAGGCUGGACGGCAACUUCUGCCGGUUGCAAGCGGCGGCAAUGGUGGAGCUCGCCGUCGCCUGCGUCGAGGAGGAGAGGAGCAGAAGACCCAACAUGAAGCUUGUAGUGGAAAAGCUCCUUAAUUUCUUGUGAUAAUUUCUUAUGAUCCUGGCAAUCCAUAGUGGUGAGUGUCUGAGCGGUGAACGGUGACACUUCUGUUAAAUCCAAAAAAAAGUGGUGACACAUCUGCCAUGAAAAUAUGCCUGUGUAGAUGUUUUCAUCAAGCUAUCUUGUGUUCAAUAGCUCUGAUCUCAUUAUAUAAUUCAUGAAAAGAAUGGUGUUUGAUUAUUAUUA